AAAAAGGUAUAACUGACUCAGGGGGAAUUCCGACCUAUUAAGGGACAGCACAGGAAGUACUUCUAGUACUCACAAGACGAGUGUGCCAAAAGGUGCAGUAGAUUUCUUUCUAAAUUAAUUUCGUCCAUUUAAAACCUUACGUUCGGGCUUGUCAUGUGUCUAUCGUUGUGAUAGAAAAACAGUCGAAGUCUAUACGUUACUUCCGGGUUUUCGUCUAACUUAACCCUGACCGCCUGGUAGUGAAAAAAGGUCGUCCGACUUAUACUCUGCGUCUUACGAUGUUCUAGGAAGACAAGAAUGGAGGAAAGGCACAAGAAAAUCAUAAAGAAGAAGUACAAAGACCUUACCAAGGAUCUUAGACCAGACGAAGUCAUGGAUCAUCUAAUACAAGAGGAUAUCUUCGACUUUAAUGACCUUGAACAGGUGAGAGCAGAAAAAGUGAACAAGUUACAAGUAGAGAAACUGUUGAGUAUCCUCUUCACACGAGGUCCUAAUGCCUUCCGUGUAUUUCUGGAAUCGCUGGAAGAGCGUUACCCUUGGUUGUACAAGGAUCUCAAGACAGCAGACGAGGAGUCGGCAACGAAACAACCACUACAACAACCACAACCAGAACAACAAUCACAACCAAAAGAGGACGAAACCACGACCAGCUCCAGCGAGGCCAGGCACCCCGAACAAGAGACGACGAGACCAUCGUCCGACCAACUAGUAACGCCAGAGGACGAAACGUGCCUAAAGCGGCCGCUGCCUCAGACAGGUACACAGACAAGAGAGAAAGCGGUAGUACAGAGGGCUGGCAGUGGGUUUGGAUCUCCAUUGACAGGUAGGACUUAA